CCUUAUGACUCUCACACAGAUUCUUUUUUAGAAAAGCAGAGGAGUAGCUGAAGAACUAUGGGUUUAUUUUUACAUUUGUUUACAAUGAGAACUUCAAGGUAAAGGGUUCUCUGCUCAAACCUCCAAAGAUCCUGGCGCAGAGACAGGUUUUAAUCAAACCUAGCAUAUUGUUUACCUCAAGUCAUGGAUCUCACAUUGUGGCAGUACCAGUUUCGAAUCAUCAUGCUUGGAGACUCUACAGUGGGAAAGUCAUCCAUGUUAAAGCGCUACACCGAGGACUUGUUUCUGGAAUGCAUCAAUCAGACUGUCGGAGUGGACUUCUAUGUACACUUCCUUGAGGUGGAACCUGGGGUGAGGGUUAAACUGCAGUUCUGGGACACAGCUGGUCAAGAGAGGUUUAGGUCUGUGACUCGAUCCUACUACCGUAACUCCGUUGGAGGUCUCCUGGUGUUCGAUCUGGGCAACCGCAAAUCUUUUGAAAAUGUGCGGGAAUGGUACGUCGAGGUGUGUGAACGUGUGCAUCCUUUCACUGUGCUCUUCGUCCUGGUGGGACACAAGAGUGACCGCGUCAAAGCUGGUGAAAGAGCCGUGGACCGAACUGAAGCAGAAAAGUUGGCGAGCCAGCUGGGAGCCCCCUACAUCGAGGCCUCGGCCAAAACGGGUCACAAUGUGAAAGAAGCCUUCGACCUCUUGACCCGGCGGAUUUAUCAGGGCUUAAAAAGUGGCGAGAUCCAGCUGCGCGAAGGAUGGGAUGGCGUCAAAAGCUCUGCACCUACAGCCCAAACGCUCCAGAAGUUACAAAACAAUGACUCUGCUGAAAAAAAGAGCUGUAACUGUUAACUCUUACAACACUCGGCUCUGUGUUUCAAUAGGAUGGAUACGUCUGACAUUGCCAAAUACACCUAAAAGUAAACCUCAAAGACUUGAUGUAAGAUUAUAGGUGUUAAAUAUGAUCAUUCUAGAUAAUAUAUGAAAGAUUCCAGCAUUUGGAAACCGCAUUGGAACUCUUGAUUAAAGUCAAUACCAUAAACAUUUCCAAA